CAGAAGUUUUAUAUUAUUCCUCAAUAUUCUCACCAGAAAUAUGCUUUAAAUAUUAUCAAGAACUAAGCUCACUUCCAUAUUGGGCGCGACCUACUUUUAAAAUAUUUGGACGUCCCGCAAAAGCUGCUCGACAAACCUGUUCUUUUGGUUCUAAUCCUAAUAAAGUUUAUAAAUAUUCUGGAACUACAGCUGGUGUUGAUUCUAUUGAAUACCCUCCUUCAAUUAAGGAAAUCAAAGAAAAGAUUGAAGAAAUUUUAAAUACCCAAUUUAAUUUUGUUUUAUUAAAUUGGUAUAAAGAUGGACAAGAUUCUAUUGGUGAUCAUUCUGAUAAUGAAAAAGGUUUAGUAAAAUUUGGUGUUAUCGCUUGCGUCAGUUUAGGUGCUAAAAGAACUUUUAUGUUUAGAAAUAAAAGAGAUAAGAAAAUUACGCAUAAAAUUUUUUUAGAAAAUAGUUCUUUGGUUGUUAUGAAGGGAACGACUCAACAAUAUUGGAAACAUUCAAUUCCCAAAGAACAAUCAAUUAGUGAAGGAAGGAUCAGUUUAACAUUUAGACAGCUUGAAUAA